CAGGGCCCCGGCAGGCCGAGGCUCAGGAAGAGGGCGGGCCCCGGCAAGACCCAGGAUGGCGGAGGCCGGGCCCCCUGCGGACCCGGAGCUAGAGAGCGAGCCGCACAGCUGGUCCCUGCUGGAGCAGCUGGGCCUGGCGGGCGCGGACCUGGCGGCCCCGGGGGUGCAGCAGCAGCUGGAGCUGGAGCGGGAGCGGCUGAGGCGGGAGAUCCGCAGGGAGCUGAAGCUGAAGGAGGGCGCCGAGAACCUGCGGCGGGCCACCACCGACCUGGGCCGCGGCCUGGGCCCCGUGGAGCUGCUGCUGCGUGGCUGUUCGCGCCGCCUGGACCUGCUGCACCGGCAGCUGCAGGAGCUGCAUGCCCACGUGGUGCUGCCCGACCCCGCAGCCGCCGCCCGUGAUGCGCCCCAGUCUCCCGGGACGGGCGGCCUGGCCUGCUCAGCCACCAGCCUGAACCUGGUGGCCGGCCUGGAGAAGCAGCUGGCCAUCGAGCUGAAGGUGAAGCAGGGGGCGGAGAAUAUGAUCCAGACGUACAGUAAUGGCAGCAACAAGGACCGGAAGCUGCUGCUGACGGCCCAGCAGAUGCUGCAGGACAGUAAGACAAAGAUCGACAUCAUCCGUAUGCAGCUCCGCCGGGCGCUGCAGGCGGGCCAGCUGGAGAGCCAGGCGGCCCCAGACGAAGCCCAAGGGAGUUCGGACCUGGGGGCCGUGGAGCUGCGCAUUGAGGAGCUGCGGCACCACUUCCGAGUGGAGCACGCGGUGGCCGAGGGCGCCAAGAACGUGCUGCGCCUGCUCAGUGCCGCCAAGGCCCCGGACCGCAAGGCGGUCAGCGAGGCCCAGGAGAAGCUGACCGAGUCCAACCAGAAGCUGGGGCUGCUUCGGGAGGCCCUGGAGCGCCGGCUAGCGGAGCUGCCCGCCGACCACCCCAAGGGGCGGCUGCUGCGCGAGGAGCUCGCGGCGGCCUCGUCCGCAGCCUUCAGUGCCCGCCUGGCCGGGCCCUUCCCCGCCAUGCACUACAGCACCCUGUGUAAGCCCGCGCCGCUCACAGGGACCCUGGAGGUGCGCGUGGUGGGCUGCAGGGACCUUCCAGAGACCAUCCCUUGGAACCCCUCAUCCUCGGUGGGGGGACCUGGGACCCCCGACAGCCGCACCCCCUUCCUGAGCCGUCCAGCCAGGGGCCUUUACAGCCGAAGUGGAAGCCUCAGUGGCCGGAGCAGCCUCAAAAUGGACACCGAGAGCACCAGCGAGGUCAGCACCGUGCUGAAGCUGGAUAACACGGUGGUGGGCCAGACGUCCUGGAAGCCGUGUGGCCCCAGUGCCUGGGACCAGAGCUUCACCCUGGAGCUGGAGAGGGCACGGGAGCUGGAGCUGGCUGUGCUCUGGCGGGAUCAGCGGGGCCUGUGUGCCCUCAAAUUCCUGAAGCUGGAGGAUUUCUUGGACAACGAGAGGCACGAGGUGCAGCUGGACAUGGAGCCCCAGGGCUGCCUGGUGGCGGAGGUCACCUUCCGCAACCCCGUCAUCGAGCGGAUACCACGGCUCCAACGGCAGAAGAAGAUCUUCUCCAAGCAGCAGGGGAAGGCGUUCCAGCGCGCCAGGCAGAUGAACAUUGAUGUCGCCACCUGGGUGCGGCUGCUGCGCCGGCUCAUCCCCAGCGCCACCGCUACAAGCACCUUCAGCCCCGGGGCUUCUCCGGGGCCCGAGGCCCGGUCCACGGGCGACAUCUCCCUGGAGAAGCUGAACCUCGCGGCUGACGCAUUGGACAGCUCGCCCCAGAAGAGCCUUGCAGGCCCUGCUUCCAGCCCGUCGAGUCUGAGUUCCCCAGUCCGGGAAACGACCACCGCUCCCCAGCUCCCUUCAGAGACCCAGGGGACCCCAGGCCCCGCCUUGUGCAGUCCCCUGAGGAAGGCGCCCCUGACCCUUGAGGAUUUCAAGUUCCUGGCGGUGCUGGGCCGGGGUCACUUUGGGAAGGUGCUGCUCUCCGAGUUCCGGCCCAGCGGGGAGCUGUUCGCCAUCAAGGCUUUGAAGAAAGGGGACAUCGUGGCCCGAGAUGAGGUGGAGAGCCUGAUGUGUGAGAAGCGGAUCCUGGCCGCGGUGACGGAGGCAGGACAUCCCUUCCUGGUGAACCUGUUUGGCUGUUUCCAGACCCCAGAGCAUGUGUGCUUUGUGAUGGAGUACUCGGCCGGCGGGGACCUGAUGCUGCACAUCCACAGCGACGUGUUCUCUGAGCCCCGGGCCAUCUUUUAUUCGGCCUGUGUGGUGCUGGGGCUGCAGUUUCUCCAUGAACACAAGAUCGUCUACAGGGACCUGAAGUUGGACAAUUUGCUGCUGGACACCGAGGGCUAUGUCAAGAUUGCAGACUUUGGCCUCUGCAAGGAGGGGAUGGGCUACGGCGACCGCACCAGCACGUUCUGCGGGACCCCAGAGUUCCUGGCCCCUGAGGUGCUGACGGACACGUCAUACACACGGGCGGUGGACUGGUGGGGACUGGGCGUGUUACUUUACGAGAUGCUGGUCGGUGAGUCCCCAUUCCCAGGGGACGACGAGGAGGAGGUGUUUGACAGCAUCGUCAACGACGAGGUCCGCUACCCCCGCUUCCUGUCGGCCGAGGCCAUCGGCAUCAUGCGCAGGCUGCUGCGGAGAAACCCAGAGCGAAGGUUGGGGUCCAGCGAGAGGGACGCCGAGGAUGUGAGAAAACAGCCCUUCUUCAGGACUCUGGGCUGGGACGCCCUGCUGGCCCGGCGCCUACCGCCGCCCUUCGUGCCCACCCUGUCGGGCCGCACCGACGUCAGCAACUUCGACGAGGAGUUCACGGGCGAGGCCCCGGCGCUGAGCCCGCCCCGCGACGCGCGGCCCCUCUCGGCCGCGGAGCAAGCGGCCUUCCGGGACUUCGACUUCGUGGCUGGGGGCUGCUAGCCCUCUCCCCACCCCCGCCUCCCGAGCUGUUAGUAGUUUUUUAAACGGCCUUGGGGUUUGCCCCAUCCAUGCA